AUGUGUCGUGCUGUUUCUCAUGAGGAAAUCUUCAAUAUAUUUGAAGAGCCACCAGCGCCACCACCAUCUGAUUUAACACCAUUAACAUCUCAUCAAGUUCCUUCAAUAACAACAUAUACAAAUGAUAAUAUUGAAAAUCAUGGUAUUACACUUGGUACUGGUAUUGCAUUUGGACUUGGUAUUGGUAUUGGAUAUGUCAUCUCCAAAUCUAAGUGA